AUGUCUUUCCUUCAUGGAGUUCUUGACACUUUGAAAAAUGAUGAAAGUGUUACAACGUAUGAUAAUAAUCCACUAAAUGACAUUAAUAAUGUUCUUCGUGAUUUACAUGAUAAUGUAGGUAAAGGCCGUCAGGCCUUCCCGGAGGCCGUGUCCAAGGUAAGUGAGUGGUUGAACAGACAUGGUGAGCAGGUGGAGGAGAGGACAAGAGGAGUGAAGGACAAAUUAGGUGAGUUGAUUGGUAAAUUGUCAUCUGAUGCAGGUGAAUAUUAUGAAGAGGUCAAGGGUCAAGAGGGGAAGCCACUGGUCCAGCAGUUGGAAGCAUGGAUGAAGACUCUGAAGGGCAUAGACAUAGACCUAAAAAACUCAGAAACUAAGCACAUAGAAUUACUUGAUAGCUCACUUAAAAACAAUGUAAUGCAUAAUAUAGCAAGCAUUAGAUCGGCGCUAGAUGUUCUCAAAAGUCUCGCGCAUGAUAAGAAAUUCAUUGUUCAAGUCGGCGAAGUAGACAAUGCAUUGAUGAAGCAGAGCAUUAUGAUGCUUCAGCGAAUCAAUGCAGAAACUGAAGGGGCCCAUGCGGCGUUGGAGGAGAAGAGGAAGAGUGCUAUUGCUGACAUUAAUAGAGAUUUUCCUGAGCUGCAGAAGACGGUGGAUGAUGACUUCGGAAGGAUUAUAGACCAUAUUGGUAGUCUGCGUGAGGCGAAAAAUAAGUGUUUUGAGAAGAUAAACGAUGCUUUACAGAAGGCUAAGACAACGAUUGAAUUCCAUAUAGCGCAUGUCGAUAAGAGGUAUAAGAUUCCCAUUCCUGCGAUGAUUGAGGAUAUUAAAAAAGCAUUAAGGUGCUUUGAUAAGAGUGAUGUGAUGGCAGGUGGGAAUACAAAAAACUGUCGGCUUCACAAUGACGUAGAGGGUAUUAAAUGUAAGGUUAAGGAGAUUGAAGACACGUACAAAGGGAAAUUAAUAUCUGUAAAAGCUAAAGUGGAUAAAGCAGUGGAUGAAGCAGUAAAGCAUCUUACAGAGGUGGAUGACGCUGUCAGAAAGGGGUUGUUGAAAGCUAGAGAGGACAUUCAGAAUGGAUUGGAUGGGUACGUUGGAAAGUUAAAAAGCGCACUGGAGGCGGGGAUGUCCGUUGCUACAGGCAAGCUUAGCGAUAUGAAAGGAUUAAAUGCUUUCGAGAGUGCUCUUAUAGGUGACUUGUCGACAUUGCAGGGUUUGGCAAAAUCCAUGCAUAAAGAUGCUAAGGAUAAUCUAGCUUUCAGUUUGGAAGUAUUGUUUUUUUAUCUGCAAAGAUCCAAGCAAAGUGCACUCCCAUCUAUUGAUAUCCUAAAAUCCGUAGAAAGCGUCUUAAAAUCUGCCAUAAGCGGUAAAAUAGAAGCUGUAAUACCGGAUGGAAGCAGAGAUUUAAAACAAAUAAAAUUUUCUGAUAAUGCACUCAUGAAAGAAUAUUUUAACGAGACAAAAACAGCUGCAGAUGGGGGAGUAGGCGACGGUAUUCUCACCGGUCACAUUAAAGGGAUUAAAAACCAAUUUGGCGAUGUGAUUACAAAAGAUACCUCAGGCAAUUAUAAAGUUGAUGCAAACAAAAUUAUGGGUUACGACGACAAGGAAGGAGGUGGAGUUAGGCCUUCGUUCGACAUCGCCAUCAAAGCCAUCCUUCAAAAAAUCGAAACGCUAGAGAAGCUGCCCGGCGAAGUCGGGCAAAUGAAGACAGAGAUCGAAAGCGCUAUGAUUCGGCUUAGUAAGGAGUUUACAAACCUGGAUGCUGAAAUAGGCGCAAUUGAAAGAAAUUUCAACGAAGCCGAUCAACGGUUACACGAGGCCAUAAGUGCUGUACAUGACUCUGUCUAUACAGCGCAUAGCAUUGCCGCUCAAGCCGUCGAGGCCGUACAAAUGGCAGUGAUAGACGCCGUUCAAAGGGGCUUCAACGGCGCUCAAAGCGCCGUGCACGAGCUUACUCAAAACGUCACUCAAGAGGCUAAACGAGCAUUUCAAUUUGUCACCAAGCAAGUUCAAGAAUUAUUUGCCGAAGCCCGUAAGGCGGACUUGGAAGCGUUGAAAACGUUGAUUACUAAGCAGUCUUAUGAAGUCAGAACAAAAAUAAAUGAUAACAAGAGCAGUGGCCUGAAAGGCUUUUUGACUAAAUUUAAAGAGAGGUUUGUUACCCCAAUUGGCGAGUUUGAUGUGUCCCUUACUCCACCUCCAAAAGCAUCCGGAGUAAUGCUAGCGUCACCCAAGACAUUUAAUGAGUGGGCUUCGAAACUUUAUUACACAUUCAAUCAACUUAUCGAAGAGCUCAAGACGCAAGAUGAUUACAAGCAUGUACAUUCCAAUGUAGAGCCUUCUCGUCAGUCUCUGCAGACUCUGCUUCAAGGCCUUCAUGCCUCCGGACACUUCAAUCACACUUUCAACACAAACUUAGAUAAUCUGAAUAACGCACUUCAUAACUUCGAACCUAAGAGGUUCUCUGCACCGUGUUCCAUAGUGCUUGACGCCUUGAAAGAUGGGCUCAAUGCCCUGGCCACUCAGCUGGGCUUCGCCUACGUCAAUUCCUACUCCGGCCAGCCUUGGGAGCCAGGGUACGAAGAGAACCACGCAAAAAUAUUCUUCACCCUUAUUUCGCCAGUUUUCCACAAACUCCACAGGUUGUUCUACAAAUGUACGAAAGAUUGGAUUGAAGUUACCAUUAAUGGGAACUCGACUAGCGAAAAACAUAAAGACGCCCUGAAAACCUUUUUGCAGGAUCAGGGGUAUGACAUCCAGAACCUGAUUAACAAGCAGCAUACUGGUUGGGAUGUCGCUGGGAAAUUGGAUAUCGGCUUCCAUACGUAUGGAGAAUUUACAAAUUUCAAUAUCAGGGAAAAACGGUUCGAUCUUUAUCUCGAGUCUCACAAAAAAUCUAAGAACUCUGCUGCUGUCCUUCAAAAACUUUUCACUCACACUAAUCAAUAUAUCCGUGUUGGUCACCUAGUCCAUUCUCCCUCCACUAGGUAUCCAUGCUCUGUUUACGAACAGCUCUGCUGGCUUAACGGCCUUCCGCAUAAUUUUGUUUUUGAGCCGCUGUGCAAAUACUUCAUGCAAUUGUUCGAGAAACCCCAAGACAUGAGGCAUAAAGAAUAUCAUGAAAUCGAUCCUCACUUGCUCAAACAAGAAGCUUAUCCCUACGUGAUAACUUAUGAAGCUUUGAAGCCCGCGCUUCAUGAGGUAUGUUCGAAAUCAUACCCCGUCCUCAUAGGUAUCCUAGGCCAUGGUCACGCACAGGGAACCUACGCCUCUGACUUCUCGAACAACGCCCUUAAUUUGUAUUAUCCCAGUAGUAUGACUACGUUAGUAUGCACGAUACGUGAAAUCGUCAGACAGCUCUACCAGCAACUCUAUUUCUUAUAUAAUCAGUGUAGAUAUGAAACCGAGCUCAGUGGCUGGCGUGACUGUUCCUAUGGGCGCGGAGUCGGCGGUUCAGCAUGGAAGUGUAACACAAAACAAUGUGCUGACCAAAACUGCCCCCAAACGUGUGACCAAAAGCACAACCAAACAUGUAAGCAACACCCUAACUGUGGCCUAAAAUCCCCUCUACAAUCCUUUUUAGAGGACGGCCUAGUAGGCUUCUUGCCGCAUAACCUAUCAACCAAGGGGACAAGCUUUUCAUGUUCCAGUUGCCCCAAGACGUCACCUAAGACUCCGUGUAAAAUACCGAUGGGUUUCUCUGAAAUUAGUGUUACUGCGUCUCAUACGAAGUUGGGCGAAGAUAUUCUUGAAGUGCUCGAUACGUUUUGUGGCAAUCGGCAUUCUCCGCUCACUAGGAUCUGCACCGUAUUUAAUAGCCUCCUCCCUAGUGCCCCUCAAACACUUGGAGACCUCUUCGGGUUCUACUUUAAUUUGCUAGACGGGUGGAAUACGAAAGAGGACGGUAUUCAAAAACACAGGGAAAUCGCAUUCUGCGAGGCCGUUAAUGACGCCAACUUCGGACGGCGAUACACCCUUGACGUUAAUCCAAGAUUGUCUUCGGUCAUUCACAGUAGCAACCAGACCAAUCAUCGUAGUGGUGACAUGUUCUCUCUGGUGAAAUGUGUCUCCAAUUCGAAAUCAUUGCAUCCGUGCGGUACAUACUUACAGUCUAUGUCUCGUGACGUGUAUUCUAUAUUCUCUGCGUCGAAUAAGAAGCUAUAUCUUUCAUGGCUUAUAUACAUUACUGAGAGACUCUACGAUCUGCUUAGAGAACUGUUCGAUGAGUGCAAUCGCAAUUGCGGAUCUAAAGGGUCCAAAUGUAAGAUGAGUAUGUGCUAUGAUAUAUGUAAUUCGAAGAAGCCGCAAUCGUCCUCAAAAUCCAAGCAUGAUGAAUCAUGCCAUUCAAUUGUGGAGUGUAGAUUUACAUUGCCGACAUUCUCCAAGUAUGGAUUUUAUUUCGCCGACGCAUCCGAUCUGGCUGGUGAUAUCCACGCCCGCCGUAUCUCUCUUGGUCAGCUUGCUGGACAGCUUUCGGGUUUUAUUGGUGGUGGAGAAGAAGUUAAAGAUGCAAUUUUGAAUGGUUUGCACAGUAAUGUAAAUCAGCUUGAAAAGCUUUUAAAAACAUCUUGCGGAGGUGAGGGGUGUUGUGAGUAUAAUGAUGUAAAAAAUAACCUUAAUAACAUCAAUGAAAUCUUUAAAAAUCACCUUAAAGAGGAACAAAAAGCCUCUAAAAAUCUUACUGACAUCCUUAAUCAGUGCAAGUUAAAUGAUCUUAAUGGUCCCUUAAAACAGCUUAAUGAUGCAAUUACUCAAAAAAUUGAGAAGCUUAAUGAGCAAAUUAAACAGCUUGAAUUGCAGCAAAGUGGUAAUAAUAAAAGUAAAAAUGCCUCUGAAAUUGGCAAGUUUAAUAAGGAUCUUCAGUCUCAUAAUGCUUCCAAGAGGUCUCUUGAGACACUGAAAGAGCUUUGUGAAAUUGCUAAUAAAGUUAAUUCAUCACCAAGUGGAGAAUGUAAAAAUCUUUUACCAAAUCUCACUGAAGGUUUAGAAAAGUUUCUAGGCUUCAAUCAAACUUCCAAAGGCUACGACGGCACGGGCAUCGUGUACUCCGAUCUUGACAGGCUGUGCGACGGGGUGAUGUCUUUCCUUCAUGGUGUUCUUCAGACUGUGAAGGAUGAUGAAAGUGUUACAACGUAUGAUAAUAAUCCACUAAAUGACAUUAAUAAUGUUCUUCGUGAUUUACAUGAUAAUGUAGGUAAAGGCCGUCAGGCCUUCCCGGAGGCCGUGUCCAAGGUAAGUGAGUGGUUGAACAGACAUGGUGAGCAGGUGGAGGAGAGGACAAGAGGAGUGAAGGACAAAUUAGGUGAGUUGAUUGGUAAAUUGUCAUCUGAUGCAGGUGAAUAUUAUACUCAAGUUACAAGUCAAGAACGUUCUUCACUAGAGACUCAGUUGGGGGCUUGGAACGCUACGGUCCAGGCAAUCCACUGGGACCUCGAUAUUAUUGAAAACCAAAAGGUUAAUGAUUUAGAUAGCUCACUUAUAUCACAGAUAACCCAAAAAUUAGAACCUGUCACAACGGUGAUUAAGCACCUGAAGAGUGUUGCUGAUGACCAGGAGUUCGGCCUUGCAGUUGGUAAGGUUGAUAGUGAUAUUGCUGCCAAGAAAAAGCACGUCAGAGAGCAAAUAGUUGAAAAAUCCAGCCAGCUUCGUCAAAAGGUAAAUACUAAGUUUGACGAAAUCGAACAAAAUAUUGCUACCGUUGAGGGCAAGCGCGAGGAAGAUUUGGCGUCGUUGAUGGAACUGGUAGCCAAUUUACAGAUAGAUGUUACAGAUGCGGAUCGGCGAGCACAGGUGUUGGCGCAGCAUUAUGAUAAUAAGAUUGUUAAGAAGUUGAACAGCAUGAAUGAUGAUGUUAAGGGGCUCAAUACGGUCCCAAUUUCCGAUGGACUUCAACAGGUUUUCGAUCAGGUUAGUGGACAGUUGGAGCCCCUUAAAAGUCAGUUGGAUGCGCUUGCAAAAGCUGGUAAGCAAAUUCAGCAAAUGGUGUUGAAGGAUCUGGAGUAUUUCAAAAAAGACGGCGAUUUUGGUUUGAACGUGAGCAGGCAAAUCACGCAGUUACGAAAGGAGCUUAAUGAUAAACUGAGGGAGUAUGUUACGAGGUAUGUUAAGAAGGUUCAGUGGGAAGUCAGUAAGAUUAGACAGUCUAUGGAUGCGGUGAAGCCUACAAGCGUCGGUUUACAUGAUUCUGAGUUUUACAAGGAAGCCAAUAAAGUCAAGGAUAAUAUAAGUGUCUUAAACGGCGGACUUGAGAAAGGCGCUGGGCUUAUCGGGGAAGCAAUUCAUACGGCUGUCACUGGAGUUGAGAGUGCGCUUCAGCAGUUGGAUACCAAAGUGCAGGAGGAUUUGGGGAAGUUGAGGACUGGAAUUGAAAGUGAGUUGAAGAUCCAAAUGCAGAGGGUUGUCACUGCGAUACAAACUAAGGUCAAUGAAAUUAUUAGCGGUAAGAGGCAGAAUGGCGAAGGACUUCAAGCGAUUAAAACAAAAGUGUGGACAGACUAUGCUUCGAACUUCACUAAGGAGACAUUUGAGAAUACAACAUUGCUUGGGUGGAUCCAAAAAAUUCUGGAUGAAAAUGAAGCGGUCAAAGAUAAGCUUAAGUUGUAUGUUGAGGGUAACACUGCUGGGGGGAAAAGUUACUUUAAUGGAUCACGUGAAAUAAAAAAUGCUCAGGCACUGCAUGAGUCUAUUAAAACCGAAAUUAAGAAAAAGCUCCAGGCAGAAGUUUACACAAGGGAGCAGGUGACAUUCGUUAAACAAACUACCGGGAAAGUUUUAACAGAUUUGAAUGCUGUCAAGGGUGUAUGCAACGAUUUGUCAAGGGAGCUUAAUAAGAAACUUGAUGCCAAGAAUUUUGCGAAACAAAAUACCACGCUGGCCUCAGAUAUAGCAACUAAAAUUGAGGAGCAAUUGGUGCAACAUGACAAAAGGGGUACAUACAGCCAUAAUCUCGUAAUCGCUGUCAGUUAUAUUCUAUCGUCUCUUUCCACCGCCACCAGGCAUAUUGCGAGCGAACUCACGGCAUUUGUGCAGUCAUGUAGGUUCGGCAACGUGGACGGCGCUUUGACUACGGCUAGCUCGCUUAUUACGAAACUUACGCCGGCUAGUGACGGAGCAGGGAAUCCUAGUACCAAUUUCGCUGACGAAAUUAACAAGGACAUUAUUGAUACGCUGACGCAGAAGAUUGGAAAGGCUCAUACAGAAAUUAGUCUCCAAGAGAAAAUGGAUGCAUACUACAAAUGGGUAAAAGGCACACAACCUCUCGACUCGACAUCUCUAAAAUACAUGAUUGACAACAUCAAAAGGGACGUUCAAAAGUUCUUCCAAAGCGGUACUGUCGAUGGUACUUCAUCUUUCAACCUUGCGGAUAAUGGCUCAUUUGGCGAUUAUUUGACACAGAGAUCAGAAGCCGAAAAGGCUAUCAGAAACAUGCUUACAAAAAUGGAAACGCUGGAGGGAGCGUACGAAAAAAUUGAUAUGCUUGACACUGCUCUAACCACGUCGAUUACCUUUUCCACUCCCAUCUCCACCCCCGACACGGGCGUUGCUCUUACCGACAGCAUUGAAAAAAGAGUAGAAGCAAACGUAGAAUCUAACGAAGUCAAUAAACAACUCGGCACCCUACUCAAUGAAACGGCCGGCAAAGCUAUCGAUAAGGUCGAUGCUAAAGUUAACAGCAUUAUUAGCAGUGGACUUAGUGAUGUUGGUCCUAAUAUUAAAACACAAAUAGAAAUGCUGGUGCAGGGUUCACAGCAGAACAAUAUUCGCAAGCUCGUCGACGACCUGCAACGACAGAUUAAUGAAGCACAGAGUCUAGUCGACACAACAAAAGAAAACGCUGAAGGUGAUAUCAAACGGCAAGUGGAGGAAUUGAAGAAUCAAGUUGGCACGAUUCUGGAAGGAAUCAGAAAAAUUAGCGCACAAAUCACAGAAUUUAAUUCAUCCCUUCGCGAAGCAAUCGAUGGUGCCAGGGAUGCUAUUAAUUCGGCCCGCCAGGAAUUGCAAGCUAAAAUAAUCAAAGACAAAGAUGAACUCACCCGGACUACCGAACAAGCCUUCGACGCUGUCCACACCGCCGCGAAACAAAUGUUCUGCAAGGGACACCAAGAGGACUUAACGAAGUUACAUGAUUUAGUGGAAAAACAAAAAUCACAGAUCCAAACAAUAAUUGAUGAAGAUAAAGUCAAAGGCGUGAAAGGAUUAUUAGGCAAAAUGAAGAGUGACCUCAUGCCUCCACUCAAUGCAUAUGUAACUCCAGCAAGUCAAAAGGUGCCUGGUAACCUUAAAGAGGAAUCAGACAAGAAAAAGUUAAGAGGUUUGUGCGCAACCGUCAACGCCGGCGUAAGUAGAUUAUGUCUAAAACUUGAGAAGCAAACAGACUUUGUUACAGAUUAUUCCAAAAUAAAGUCCUCUAUUAAAGCUCUCACAACAUUGCUCACUGACCUCUCGUACUCCAAUCAUUUCGACCAUACCUUUACUAAAAACCUGAGUGAAUUCAAUGCGAAACUAGAAAAAUGUGUGCCUAAGCAGUUUGGUGACGCCGAAACACCGCUGCUGCUCAACAGCAUUAGGAGCGGAUUAGAUGCUCUCGCUAAGGAGUUACAGAAGCACUACGUUAACAAGUACGAAGGAUGUCAGCCGAUCAAGCAGUGGGUGAGUCAGAGUGCUAGCCAAAAUGAUGGCCAAAGCGCUGGGCAAAACACAAAGUUGACACCUGAAGGACGUAAAGGUGCACAGGUCUGUUUGACGAUAAUUCAUAAUUUGAUGUGGAGUACGCACCAUCUGUUUUAUAAUUGCCUUAGAAAUUACAGAGAUAUCAAAAUGGACGGCAGUACCGCUGGAGAAAAUAAACAUGAGUUGAGCAAGCAUCUCCAGCGUCAUGGCUUCGACAUAGACAAUCUUAAAACAGACAAAACGGGUAGAGAAGUUGCCGUCAAAUUAGGCAACGGCUUCCAUACCUAUAGUGAAUUCCACAAAGAUCCACAACAAAAAAUCGAUUUUAAUGCGUAUCUCACGUUAGCUAAAAAUGCAACGAAUGGCGCCGCCGUACUUUUGAAACUCUUCAAUUACCUUGAAACAUAUAACCAAGUAUGUCACCUCGAGCUUCCGAAAUACAAAAGGUAUCCGUGUUCCGUUCGUGAUAUGCUUGGUUGGAUGUGUGGCCUCCCUUAUACCGCAGUUUAUAAAACAAUUGAGGGCCACUGUAAAAAGUUACUGAACGAGGAAAACAAGGCAACAGGUAAAAUGCCCAAUAGGGAGGAUCCCGUCAUUUGUGAAAUUCUUCAACGUGAGUUGUGUGACAACCUAUCCUUAACUUGCCAAAAUUCAUAUCACGUGCUGGUAACCAUCUGCGGUAACGGCCACGGCGCUCCCAACUCCGACUACCCAUAUGCCUGUGAAUACUCCAACAACUCUAGAAGUUUUCAUUAUCCGACAACUGUUAGCGCAUUAUUCGAUAUGCUUAGUGACAUUUGCCGCCGUUUACUUUGUGCGCUGUAUCUUCUGCGUAUCCGUUGUAGAUAUGCUGCGUCUCACGGUAACGGCUGGCGUGAUUGUGCGUACGGUCAGAAUAUCGGCGGUUCCUCUUGGAGCUGUAACACAAAGCAGUGUGCUAACCAAAAGUGUCCCCAAAAGGUUAACCAAAACACUAAGCAACGCUGUGAUCAACACCCUAAGUGCGGUGUAAAAUCACCACUGCAAGCUCACCUAACAGACAGCUUGCCUGGGUGCUUGCCACACAAACUGACAUCAGUUGGAUGUUCAUCGAAAUGCUUAACAUGCCCUAAGAAUUCACCAGGGCAGCAAUGCAUACCUCCAAUGGGUUUCUGGGAUUUGUCGACCGCGGCGUCAAAGCAGGGCGUCGGCAAUGAUAUACACGAUGUGCUCAAACGCUUAUGUAAAGACGCUUAUUCACCUUUGCCUAAAUUGUUACAUUGCCUCUGGACACUGCAUCCUUCUCCGCCUCGAAGUUUGGGGGACAUGUUUGCAUUUUAUUAUAACAUGUUCAUGGCGUGGACAUCCACGAGAUUUUCUGACUAUGCGGUUUUCAGAUCUCAUCUUGUUGAUAAAACUAUCCCAAAGUGUCUGCCACUGGGCGCAAGUGUUCACAAUAGUCAUCAGGCAUCCGAGUUAACCGAUGCUCUUGCAAAUCUGCAGUAUACAUCCGAUGAUCACAAGCAGGCUCCCCAAAAGGAUGACCCAACUAAAACUCAUUGUGACCUGUGUAGUAUUACAACGAAAUCAACGUCAUGCACAAAUGGACUCACAUGUGCUCCAUAUAUUCAAUCCUUAUCGGGGACCAUUUAUCACACAUACGCCAACAAAAAUGCUAAUCUAUGUUUGUCAUGGUUUGUGCAUUUAGCUUGGCGACUUUGGGAACAACUCAAUGAAUUAUAUGAAGCGUUUCAAGGCAUUGAUUGCAAAUCAUCUGGAUGCUCUAAAUGCAAUUGUUCCUCUGGUAAGCACGGCGAUGAGGAGCGUCCAUGUAGUUGCGCAUCUAUUGUCGAAUGUGGCGGCGUACUAUCAACUAUGUACCGCUUUGGAUGCACGUUCGGCAGCGUUAAAAUAUUAAAUGAGAAGAAAGUGAAGUGCAGCAAUUUCACUGCGCAAUUAUACAAUGUAUUACAUUCGCCGUAUUUUGAAAAACUAUUUAAUGUUAUCGACAACUUCAUAUAUUGCAUCCGUCUCCCCUUCAUGACCUUAUUGUUAGCCCUCUGGUCGCUGUCGCUCCUCUACCUGCUGCACAUCGCCGUCGUCCGCCUCGACGUCCUGAGGAUACGCUCCCACCUGAGAUCACCCUCAAGCCACCGCAUCGCCGCGCAGUCGCUACUCGCAGCGGCACGCGUCAGGGCACUCGCCAACGUCAAGUACUUCUCGCCAUAA